GACGACGACGACGACGAUGGCACGCGGAGGGCAAAAACGAAGCAAAUAAUGUUAUGGGUUUUACCUUGAUUUUACUUGUAUGAUUCCCCCAGUCGUGAUUUGACUCUUCUCCGUUACACAUCUCUCUCUCUCAGUCGGGUUUCACACACGGCGGUUUCGUUCUGCUGUUUACCUUACCACUGGUUGGUGUGGCGUGUUAGCGAACUAGGGGCGAUCCGGAUAGAUCGAUGUUUUUGCGUUGCUACUUUUUGGCGGUUGUUCUGAGAGUCGGAGAAGAUCGAGCGAGCGCGGUGCAUCUGAGCAAUUGAAGAAGUUCGUCGCUUGCAACCGCGCAAGUCGUUCGAGGGUCGUCGGAUAAACGCUGGAACGGUUGAGCUCAUUCUGUUUAUCGGUUAGUGACAAGUGCUGUGCGGGGUGACCUUGCCUUGAGAAGAUCGUGUCGAUCGGAUUCUGAUGGAUUUAUGCACGCUGAGCCGUUGAAUCGCUGAGCACGCUGAAGCGAAGCGCGUUUAGAUCUGCAUGCUAAUGAAGUGGCCGCAGGGAUUCUGUGCACUGAGUUCAAUGAGUUUGUGCACCCAUCGCGGUUAAUUAUCAACGGAUUAGUGUCACCCGAGUGCAAUUGACCAAUUGAAACGGUGGACCUCCGGCAUUGAAUGCCACGUGCCUUACAACGACUACAGCGAGAAGACUUCCCGCGCGGCAGUGCUACAUGAAGACGGAGGACAAGUGCAACAUAAUUCCGCGCAAGAGGUGUACGAAGUGAAUAAAUUGUUCUUUAUUUGCUUGUACUGGCAUCUUCAUUACAUGGUGUUACAUUUCAUUAUCUUGUAGCUCGUGUUGUCGUAGUCUCGUCGUCUUGUUCGCGCAGUGCGUACCCUGUCUUCGGACCCCUUACAACCAGGCGGCAAUCACGGGCCGUCGAAACAAGCUCUGGUUUUUCUUCCGUGGAAGUGAUUACCGACAGGCAUUAUUCGUGUUUGUACUUUGGGCACGUGCUUCGGAAGGAGGAUUUAUUAACUUGGGUGGCUUAAUAUGUUGGCCGGCUAAUGAGCUGCUUCAUAGUGAAACGCGCGCGCGUAGCUGACCCGAAGAAAGUGAUACUCGACCUCGGGGUGUGUGUUUGUUGUGUGUUCAAGUGCAAGAUCUAAAUCUCUUCCGUGCUCGUACAUAAUAGCGCCCCCAAAACAACAGCAACAGUCAGUACCCAACAUCAGUGAUCCCGUCGAGAAGGUUACCGCCGAAAUUGCGUGCUUUAAUUAGCAGGAUUGACGAGAAGUUUGAAGUUUUUGCCUUCGUUUAGUUUGCUCCGUUUUUUUUUCGUUUUUCGGUGGUCUAUUUGGAGCCGUUGGCGGACUGCACUGAGAGCGGUGCUUUUUUUGUGUUGACUUUUUUGCAAGUUCAAGAAGACCCCCGGCGUAAGCUGCUACUUCCUGGAUUGGAUCGCGCGCAGAUUCCGAUCGCAAACAAGAUGAAUCAACAGUGUAAGGUGUGCGGCGAGCCAGCCGCUGGCUUUCAUUUCGGAGCGUUUACCUGUGAAGGAUGCAAGUCGUUCUUCGGUCGCACGUAUAAUAAUUUGUCAUCGAUUUCGGAAUGCAAAAACAACGGCGAGUGUGUCAUCAACAAGAAGAAUCGCACCGCCUGCAAGGCGUGUCGGCUGCGUAAAUGCCUGGUCGUCGGGAUGUCCAAAAGCGGUUCCCGAUAUGGACGGCGUUCGAAUUGGUUCAAGAUUCAUUGUCUACUCCAGGAGCAGCAAGCCCACAAAAAUAACAACAACAAUAAUAGCUUGACCAGUAAUAACAAUGAUACCGGCAGCAGCAAUAAUAACAGCACCAGCAACAAUGGAAGCAGCAAUAACACGUCGCCCAGUUUGCUCCCGAAUGGAUUUCUUCCCACCAACUUUCUCAGCAACUUGUGCAACAAUAACAAUAAUAACAACAACGUCACAGUGAAAAAGGAACUAAAAAGACCAAGCUCGCCGAGCGAUUCAGGGGCAUCGUCUGCCGACCCGGAGGAAAGUUCCAGCUUCAAGGAUCCCUUCCAUGGGAGCAGCAAUCGAACGACGAUCUCCCCAAAGGUAGAGCUGCCGGAAGUGACCCUAACCAAAAUUAGUCCGAAGGUCAGUCGGACCUCCUCCACUUCUUCGUGCUCAACCAACACCACCACGGACAGCUUUCGACCUCUGAUGGAUCGAAUCUCUCCGUAUCUCCCUCACGGUCCGUAUCGACCAGAGACCACUCCGUACUUUCCGAUGCCUUUCGUUAUGCCACCGGUGUCCCUCGCUCUGAUCGCCACAGGAAAGCACGAUCAUGAGCAGCACGAGCCCAUUGAUCUUUCCAUGAAAUCGAAGUCGUCGAGCUCGUCUGGAUCUCCACUCCGGUUAGGAUCCACCUCUCCGCUCAUAGCGGACGUCAACGACUCGGAAGACCUGCCAUCUUCAGUGGAAGUUCCACGCCCGGUGCCGCUGGAUCUAACCUUCACGCGAUCAAAAACCUUAUCCGGGUGAUAGUGAUCGAUUGUUGAUUAAUGUUCUUAAAGUAAGAUGUGAUUGACAAAUAAUUAUCGUUUUAAGCUCUAAAGUUAAGAACACAAACCCGAACACGUCGCAGUGCCAAAACAUUGCCCACAUUAUUCACAAGAACAAUUAAGAAAGAUCCUCGCAUUUGGAAAUUGGAAUAAAUGGGCAUAAAAAAGAGGAUAUGUAUGUUUUCCUAUGAUAAUUCUAAACUUAAAUUGAUCUACCACAACCAAUAAGGUACUGGCCAGUUGAUUCAAGGCAUUUCUGCAAAUUCAGCAAAGGAAAUAAAUUGUAAAUGCUCAGUGAUUUUGCGUGUAUUCUCUUUUAGCCAUAGUAAGCGACAGACUUAAACAUGAACUGUAGCCAGUAAGGGGACCAAUUUGCCAGUUUUAAUCUAAAAACAAUCUAGAAAUACUCCAUGACCAUCAAUUAUAUUUACAAUAUACAUUCAAUCAAACUCGUAGCAGCAAUCAUGACAGUUAAAACCGAUUGCGUACCGUAACCUCAACCGAGCAACGAUCGUAAAUUUUUCUCGAUCGAUCUUUAAUGGUGCCAGAUGACAUUGUACAAAAUACAUAUACUCAACAAUACAGAGGAAAAUUAACUCCAUCCGGUGGGAAACAAAAACUCAGAAAGUCUGAUUGUACAUUAAGAUUUCACCACUACGACAAAAGUACAUAGAAAAAAAAGGCGAUUUCCGAUGGUUUUUUAAUAGGAAAACGUUGCAUUUGUUCGUCUUUAAGCAGUACAGAUCCAUAGUAGCAUUAAAUCAGAGUGUGCUUUUUUCUCCCACAUUAGAAUACAUUUUUAUUUAUUGAUUCGUAGCUCAAAUCCCCUCAGUAGUAUUGGGUACACACCACUUAAGUUAGUUAACUGAAAAUUUUACAUGUGUACUUUCAUUGUUUUCCUUUCCUUUGUUUAACAUGUUCGACAUCAUUUGUAUAUAAUCUUGAUUUGUUGUAGUGAAAUUAUAGUUUUACAGUCAGUGAAAUUAUUUAUCGAUUUUUUUUAAGAAAUACAUGUUUUGUUGUCAAUUAAGCUGCUGCUGCAGAUGUUAUUCGAAAGAA